AUGCAGUCUUGUGCAAGGUGUGGGUUUGUGGUGUACCCGGCGGAGAAGAUCAACUGCAUAGACCAGAACUGGCACAAAGCAUGUUUUCACUGUGACGUCUGUAAAAUGGUGCUGACGGCCAAUAACUUUGUCAGCCACAAGAAGAGGCCCUACUGCUCAGUACAUAACCCGCGGAACAACACCUUCACAAGCGUGUACGAGACACCCAUCAACAUCAACGCAAAGCAGCAGAGCAAGUCCAGCAGUGAGCUGAAGUACCGUGAGGAGGGGGAUCGUUUUAUGUCCACCUUCCAGUAUGACAUGAAGUCCACGGAGUUGGAGAGGGCCCAUCUAGCCAAUCAGAUGGCAAGCCAGGUGAGCUCCCAAGCCUUCAAGUCUCAGUCCGGGUUUUCUCAGCAGCAGACGUGGUACUCGGGCAUGGUCACCAACCAGGAGAUGGUGACCGUGUCUCAAGCUCAGACGAACAUCAGUGACGUAAAAUACACGGAGGAAUACGAGCAGUCCAAAGGGAAAGGCAGCUUCCCGGCCCUGAUCACACCAGGAUACCAGGUGGCCAAAAAUGCCAACACGUUGGCAAGCAACCUUGAAUACAAAAAAGGGCACGAGGAAAGAGUUUCAAAGUAUACCGUCUUUGUGGACCCCCCGGAGGUGGUCCUGGCUAAGAGACAAGGACAGAUUGUCAGCGAUUACGCCUACACGGAGGAGUACGAGCAGCGCAAAGGCAAAGGAAGUUUCCCUGCACAUCUUACACCCGGAUACAAGAUGUCGAAAAAGGCCUCCGAACAGGCCAGCAACAUCAAGUAUCGGCACGUGUACGAGCAGGAGAUAAGGGGCAAAGCCAGCGCCGACGCCGCUGCGGCAGAAAUGGUCCACGCCAGGGAGAAUGCAGAGAACUUCAGCCAGAUUGCCUACACCGAAGCAUACGAGCAACAGCGGGGCAAAGGAAGCUUUCCUGCCAUGAUAACGCCCGGUUAUCAUCUAGCGAAGAAGGCUCAAGAAAACGCAAGUGAUCUGAAGUACAGAAAAGACUUAAAUAAGAUGAAGGGCACGUCUCAUUUCCACAGCCUGACCUCCGAGGAGAACCUGGCCUUGAUGAACGCGCGGAAGAUCAACAAGCUAGUCAGCGAGGUAGAGUAUAAGAAGGACUUGGAGAACAGCAAAGGCCACAGUAUCAAUUUCUGCGAGACUCCCCAGUUUCAAAAUGCUACCAAGGUAGCCAAAUUCACCAGUGAUAACAAAUACAAAGAGAAGUACACCACCGACAUGAAGGGCCACUACGAAGGAUCGGGAAUCGACAAGAAGACCAUGCACGCCAUGAAAGCCCGGAUGCUGGCCAGUGACAUUUCAUAUAAACAAGGUCACGAUCAAGAUCAGGGCGAAUACACCUACCAAGCCACACUGACACCAGGCUACCGUAGCCAAAGGAAGCUGGAUCCACUCAAAGAUAAGAACUACAGGCAGCACAUUGACCAAGUCAAGUACAGCGCAGUGGCCGACACGCCGGAGAUCCUCCUGGCAAGGAAAAACGCUCAUCUUAUCAGCAAUCUAAAUUACAAAGCGGACUACGAGAAGACUAAGCAUCUGUACACGCUCCACGAGGACUUACCCCAAAUCAAAAAGGCCAAAGACAACGCAGCCUUGUGCAGUGAUAUUAAAUAUAAGGAGGAGUGGGAGAAGACCAAAUCCAAAGCCUGCGACAUCGGAGUGGACGACCUCAGCGUCAAGGCGGCAAAGGCUUCCCGAGACCUCGCCAGCGACCUUAAAUACAAAGAAAACUACCUGAAGAACAAGGAACUGGCCGUGGGAGUCAACGUGAGCGACUCCAAGACUCUACAUUCGCUUCAGGUGGCCAAGAUGCACAGCGACAUUGCGUACAAGAAGGGCUCCAAGGAGAACCGGGCUAAGUACAGCCUGUCGAUGGACAUGGUCAACCUAAGUCAUGCCAAAAAGGCCCAAGCUCUGGCCAGUGACCUGGAAUAUCGCACUAGGCUGCACGACUACACCGUCAUGGCUGACGACAUCAAGGUCCAGCAGGCCAAAAAGGCGUAUUCCCUGCAGAGUGAGAACCAGUAUCGCUCAGAUCUGAACUGGAUGAAAGGAGUGAGCUGGGAGACCGAGGGGUGCCUCAACAUCACCCAAGCCAAGAAAGCCGGAGAUCUGCUCAGUGAUAACAAAUAUCGUCAGAAGGUGGAUCGCAUCAAGUUCACCCAAGUGGCCGACAAUCUGUUCAUCAAACACGCCAAGAAGAGCCAGGAACUGCAGAGCGACUUGGCGUACAAGGCAAAUACAGAACAGAUGAUCCACAAGUACACCAUGACGCAGGAUGAGCCCCUGUUCAGACAAGCGAAGGCAAACGCUGAGCUUCUCAGUGGGAAAGUCUACAAAAGUCAAUGGGAGAAACAGCGGGAAAAGGGCUUUGAGCUGCGAUUGGACUCACUUUCCAUUCUCACGGCCAGAGCUAAGAGAGACCUGGCCAGUGAUGUCAAAUACAAAGAGCAGUAUGAGAAAAACAAAGGCAAGGUGAUCGGAAUCAAGUCGGUCAGCGACGACUCUCAGAUGGCUCACUCGGCCUUGGCCACAAAACUGCAGAGCGGACGCGACUACAAGAAGAACUAUGAGGACACCAAGACCCAAUUCAAGGUUUCUCUGGACAUGCUGAACAUCAGUCAGGCUAAGAAGGCCCAAGACUUGGCAGCUGACUACAACUACAGAACAUUCCUUCAUGAGUACACCACGCUGCCAACUGACAUGAACGUUGCCUGGGCAAAGAAGGCCUACGGACUCCAGAGCGACAAACUGUACCGAUCCGAUCUGAACUGGAUGAAGGGCGUUGGAUGGGAGGCCUCCAAGUCCUUGGAUGUCCAGCAGGCCAAAAAAGCAGGAGAACUUGUUAGCGAGAAAAAAUACCGCCAGGAUGUGAGCGCCCUGAAGUUUACGAGUGUUGAGGACACACCAGAGAUGGUUCAGGCUAAACUCAGCAACAAACUGGCUAUUGAUAGGUUGUACAGAGAGAAGGGAGAAAACAUGAAGCACAACUACACCCUCAAUGAGGAGCUGCCCGAGUUUUUGCAGGCCAAGAUCAACGCCAUGAACCUGAGUGAGAGUCGUUACAAGGAAUCUUGGACUAAAAUACGUGACGGCGGAUACAAACUGCGUCUUGAUGCUAUUCCUUUCCAGUCAGCCAAAGCGUCUGCUGACAUCCUCAGUGAUCAAAAAUACAAAGAGGAGUUUGAGAAGACCAAAGGGAAGAUGAUUGGACUGAAAGGGCUGCAAGACGACAUCAACAUGGCUCACUCCAUUUACGCCAACAAGCUGCAAAGCGACAUUAAUUACAAGAAAGAGUCGGCUAGCCAGCUAUCCAAGCUCCACCUGCCCAUGGACAUGAUGGAUGUGGUCCAUGCCAAGAAGGCCCAGUCUCUGGUCAGCGACCAGGACUACAGGCUCACUUUGCAUCAGUACACCUCUCUGCCGGAUGACAUGAAGCUGCAGGCGGCCAGGAAAGCCUACGCUCUGCAGAGCGAAAGGAUAUAUCGCUCUGACCUGAAUUACCUGCGGGGUGCCGCAUGGAUUGCUACUGGGGCUCUGCAAAUUGAAGGCUCUAGGAAGGCUACUGAUCUUAUCAGUGAUAAAAAGUAUCGUCAGCAGCCAUACAACUUCAAGCACACGUCCGUGGCAGACUCCCCUGACAUGGUCCAUGCCAAAUUCAGUGGACUGAUCACAAAUGAGCGUCUAUACAAAGAGAAAGGGGUGAGCGACCAGCACAACUACACCAUUACGGCCGAGAGACCGGAGAUCACUCAAGCAAAGAUCAACGCGGCUAACUUUAGUGAGAUAAGAUACAGGGACUCCUGGAACACUCUUAGGGCUCAGGGCUAUAAGCUGACCAUGCAGGACAUCCCAUUCCAGGCGGCCAAGAGUUCCACGGGCAUUGCCAGUGAUUACAAGUACAAACACAACCACCUGAUGGAAAAAGGCAAACACAUCGGCGCCCAAAGUGUUUCAGACGACACAUACCUGCUGCACUACAUGCAGGCAAACAGGCUGGCCAGCGAUCAAGAGUACCGCAAGGACGCGCUGACGUCUAGCGGACGCUACCACCUGACGCCCGACAUGGUUCACUUAGUCACGGCCAAGAACGCCCAGGCCCUGGCUAGCGAGCAGGACUACAGGAAGAGGCUUCACGAGUACACGGUCCUUCCCGAUGACAUGAAGGUCAAUUGGGCCAAAAAAGCCUACAACCUGCAGAGUGAGACCCUGUACAAGUCAGACCUGAACUUCAUGAAGGGCGUGGCAUGGGAUGGCGUGGGGGCACCGCAGCUGGAGUCGGCCAAGAAAGCUGGAAAGCUUGUUAGUGACAAGCGAUACCGCCAACUGCCGGACAGCCUGAAGUUCACCUCGGUGACGGACUCCCCCGACAUGGUCCACGCCAAGGCCAGCUAUCAACAAUGUAGCGAGAGGCUCUACAAAUCGGGCAGGAACGACGACAUGAACAAGUACACCUUACACCCAGAUGACCCCGACUUCAUCCGAGCCAGGAUGAACGCCCAGCACAUAAGUGACAAAGUGUACAAGGCCUCUGGGGAGCAGCUGAAGACGCUAGGCUACGACUUGAGGCUUGACGCCAUCCCUUUCCAAACGGCAAAGGCCUCCAGGAAAAUUGCCAGCGACGUGCUCUACAAGGACUCUCACUUGCGCGAGAAGGGGCGGCAGGUGGGGCUGCGCUGCGUCGAGGACGACCCCAAAAUGGUGCACUCGCUGGCGGCCAGCAAGCUCCAGAGCAACCUGGAGUACAAGCGGCAGUCCAAGGAGGAGCGCUCCAACUACAAGAUCCACGCCGACCAGCCCGAGUUCCUCCUGGCCAAGAAGAGCCAAGCGCAGGCCAGCGACCUGGCAUACCGGAGCAAGCUGCACGACUACACGUGCGAUCCAGAGCAGCUCCACGUCAAGCACGCCAAGCAGGCCUACAAGCUGCAGAGCGACGUGAACUACAAGUCGGAUCUGAACCGGAUGAGGGGAGCGGGCUGGACCCCUCCCGGGUCCCACAAGGCCGAGCUGGCCCGCCGGGCUGCCGAGCUGGGUCUGGCUGAGGGCGUGACCACCGAUGAGGCCAUCGCCAAGUACCAGCGCUUGAUCAUGCUUCACUACCAGCAGCGUAUGGAGGAGCAACAGCAACAACAGCAGCAACAGGAGGAGCAUACGUCCGAGCACACGGAGACCAGCGAGGACCUUCGGAAAGGAGUCAACAUGGACGCCACGGAAGUGCUUCACGUCAACAGGACCAAGACCUACCAAACCGUGCAGAAAAAGACCACCACUACGACCACCACCAGCAGCAGUAGCAACAGCGCCUCCUUCAGAUCCAUGGAGAAGAAAUCCAGCGGUACCUCGUCGGCUGGCCGGCACGGCAGUCUCAAGACCGCCAGCGCCGUAAAAGAUGCUUAGAAGAUUUGGAGAGUACGGACGGCCACACUGAACUGAACUGAACUGAACGAAGGAUGCAAGCAUGUUGAAUGAAGACGGGAUUUGUUAUGUUAUGAAAAAAAAAAUGGUUCUUGACACAAUGGCGUUUUUAUCUAUUUUUUUUAAAAAAAUGGGGUGCUAUCCAAUUAGGCUACAAUUACUGAAAGGUGUUUGAGCAUUUAUUCAGUGUUUUAAUGUAAAAUAAAACUGCUCGCAAGAUUUUAAUGUAACGUAAAAAAUAGUCAGAGAGAAUGCGUAGCCACCAUUGCUAAAAUAGCGGCGCGACCAAUGCCAAGCUAGCACUAGCACUGUAAACAAACAGACAUUGCCCAUGGCUAAGCAUGACUAUAUCGUAAUACGGGGAGUCCUCGGUCUACGACUGAGAUCCGUUCCCAGAGUAGCGACUUAACUCGAAUUUCCGCCUGAGUCGGAUUCCGCAAUUAAAGUCAGAAUACUUUGUACAAAAAAAAACAAAUACAUUGAAAUAAACAAGAUGAUGUUCUUAGCAUUACUUUAAGUCGGGACCGUCUUAACCCGAGGACUCUCUGUAGAGUGUUACUGUGACAUGAAAGGAUGUUCGGAUGAACCACUACUUUGUAUUGAAUGCUGGAUCGGGCGGGGCACUCAAGCACUUGCCCCACAUGUAAAACCGCCACUGUGUUGGAAGCGAAAAGAAUUGUGGGAUUGAACAAAGCGCACACGUGGAUUGUAAUAUGAUUUUACUAGUAAUGCAUGAAACAUUUGUGUUUUCAGGAAGGAAGGCACAGCUGGAGGUGGCCAUUCAAACAUUUUUUUUUUUUUUUUUUUUUAAAGAGAAGCAGACAUAUUUGACACUUUAUGUUUGGGGGAUGACGUUUUCUCAUUUUUGGAACGAGCAAUCAAGUCUUUUAGUCUGGCAGGUUCAGCUUUUGCCACACAAAAACUCAAAGCUGGGCUUGGAGUAAAGGCUCCAUUUCACUGCUUUCAAAAUAAAUAUCUAUUUUUUUUCUUUGAGCAGAUUUGCUUUUGUGUCUUUUAUUGUCCACAUUUAGUUGUACGUGCGGUCUUCCGCGAGCCUUAAUCCAUUGUAGACAACUACGUCAAGUGUGUUUUACGCUUUGGAAAACAAAUCAAGCGGGCCCCUUGUAAUCGAGCGGGAUAUCUUUCACCAGAAUUGCACGUUCCCCAAGUGCACCUGAAGACCAUUUUCUUCGUAACGUUAACUUUUCCAAGCGCACGCUACUGACAAGCAGUAUUGCUUGUGGGACAACAUGGCGGCAGGGGGCGUGUUAAGACAAUGCGGCUCUCUGAUUGGCUAUUAGUGUUUGACAGGUCGGAAAUGUCCAUUUAUUCACCACAUGAAGAACUUUUAAAACAUGAAGAAUUAUUGAUUCCAACACGUAUGUGAUAAAUUAUUUUGUUUGGUUGUUGCACGUGUUGGCAAAAAAUACAAGUCAAUACAAGGGUCCCUUUCAACAACCAAAAUGGAAUGGACUGAAACAAAAACUGCUUGUUUUGGUCCAUCAACGUCAGCACAUUGAAAAUAAUCGAAGUGCUACCUUGACUUCCACUUUCAUUUUCUGCUCAAGCUCAUAACUCACUUUACAUUCACUGACAAUAAAUCACAUAAAUUGUCCUUAAUAAAAUUAUUUCAAAUGUCUAAUCUAUUCAAGCUGCCAAACAACCACAUUUUUAAAAAUGUUUUAAAUGCAUAAAAACAAAAACUUGGCUCGUAAAUCAAGGUAUCUGUAUCAGGUAACAUUUUUUUUCUUGUUUAGAAGGACCAAUAAAGGCUCCAGUUUCAAAGAAUUUAGUUUCAAUUGUUUAACAGUUCAGGUUUUAUAGGGUUUAUAGCUUAAUAUAGCUAAUUAUCCAUUGAGAUAAAAAAAUAAAAUCGGAUGCUUAUUGUAUUACGGUUCGCCAAGGAUCAGGUGAUGGUGCGUCGAAUCCAGUCGACAAACUUGUAGACAUCGACGUAGACGCCGGGCUUAUUGGGCUGUGCGGAGCCAUAUCCCCAACUCACCACUCCAGUCAGGUAUUGUUUCCCUUUGUCCUUGCACGCCAGAGGGCCGCCAGAAUCCCCCUGCAUAAUUGACAAAAUGUCAUACACCACGGCAACAACAACAGGGGACCUCAAAUCGUGUCAAGUGGAACCCCCAAACGGCACGGUGGUCGUGUAGGAGCUGGAGCCGAUUCCAUCUGAUUUGGCCAAGAGGUGGGGCACACGCUACAUUUGUCGUCAGUCAAUCGCAGGACAUCCAUCCAUCCAUCAAAAGGAUUUUUCACCAAAAAAUACUCCAUAUUCAUACCACACAGGAGUCCACUC